AUGAUUUGGGUUAUCAAGUUCACAAGACGAAGCGAACUUGAAUUUUCUUCACCGGCCGACGAGAAACUGAACGAUAGUAUCCCGGAAAACACUCAGCGCGCGAUAAAAUUUGGGAAUAUGCCAAGUUAUCGUGAGGAAAAACGGAAGAGGAAAAAGGACAAGCGCGUUUACGAUGCGCUUCAGAGGAUCAGUGAGGCGAAUGAUGAAAGGGACAGUGCAUCGGUGAAAUCUUCAAGCAUCAAUCAUGAAAGCAACGGCACCCUACCACUCAGCGUUGAGUUCAGUCCACAAGAGAAGGAAAUUGUCACAACGAUGCUUAACGGUUAUUUCAUUGUUUAA